AUGGACAACUCCAAGGGGCUCAUGCCCUUGAUAUUCGCCUCUCAUGGCACUCCUUUGAUGUCAAUUACUGACUGUGACAGUACAGCCUGGUUCCGAAAGGUUGGAAGGGAAAUUGUGGCCAAUGUCAAAGGAAUCGUGAUUAUCAACUCUCACUGGGUCGAACUCGACGACAAGAUCAGAGUUGCCACGAAUUCGGACCCUCAUGUCGACCUCACGCCUCUGGUCCCCCGUGAAAAGUACGACCAUUUCAAGCCGAAUAUCUCGCGCGACCUGGGACUCCGAGUGAUAUCGCUGUUGAAGGCUGCUGGAUUUCCCGACGUGGAGGAAUCGAAAACUGCAGAAUGGGUCGAUGCCCCCACGACUCCCUCACUGCACAUGUUUCCAAACGACAUGCCACCGGCGACCACAGUGAGCAUCAAUGCCCGGUACGAUCCCGUAUUCCAUGUGAGAAUGGGCCAAGCAUUGAGAAGCCUCCGGAAAGAGGGGAUCUUGCUCAUUGCGUCGGGAUCCAUUGUCCACAACAUCUUCCGUGGGAACCACCUGCCAAUCCUGCUACGGCGGGACAACCUACAGAAAGGAUCCCAGCCUGCAAAAUUUGCACGGGACUUUGAAAAGUCCAUUGAUGAUAUCAUCACCAGCAACACAGGUGCUGAACUCGCCGCCGCACUUGUACGCAUCACCCAGAGUCCGCGAUACCUGGAGGCGCACCCGUCCAACGAUCACUUCUAUCCGCUGUUAGUCCUGGCCGGGGCCCUCUACGACGAUGAAGAAGUAUAUGGACGGUCGAUGGCCAAAACGUACGAGAUGAAGAACAUCGUCAACGUCCAGUAUAUGUGGGGUGACUUUGGCCGCAAGCCCAUGGUAGCAGUCGCCUGA